UUUCCUUCAACUGACUGAAUUGUCUAGUUCGAAGUGUACGUAUUUACAAGUUUUAGGGUAAAUAUUAGAAUAAAAUAGAUCAAAAUGGUCGCCCAAAAGAAGCAGAAAAAGGCCAUCGAGAGCAUCAACAGUCGCUUGGCCCUCGUGAUGAAAUCCGGGAAGUUUUGCUUGGGCUACAAGCAAACAUUGAAGACCCUAAGGCAAGGUAAAGCCAAGCUUAUCAUCAUUUCCAACAACACCCCGCCGCUGAGGAAGUCCGAAAUCGAGUACUACGCCAUGCUGGCCAAAACUGGCGUGCACCACUACUCCGGCAACAACGUCGAAUUAGGAACAGCAUGCGGUAAAUACUUCAGGGUGUGCGCUAUGUCCAUCACCGACCCAGGCGACAGUGAUAUCAUCAGAAGCAUGCCUGCUGCCGAGGGUGGAGAAAAAUAAACAAUUAAGCUGCGUUUUAUAAAUUAAGAUACUAUUAUUUUGACUUUGUGAAUAAAAUUUAGCUU